CGCCGCUGCACGUUUACGGGAGCCCCAUCGUCCCGGAGUACAGCAAAAUAGACAAUGGAAUUCGAAGACGUCAUCGAGGAGCUUGGAGGAUUCGGCAAGUUCCAGAAGUUCCUUCUGUGGGCCUUUCUGUUGCCUUCGCAGAUACUGUUUCCGUUCUUCUCGAUGAAUCUGAUAUUUCUGCUGUCGGAGCCGGACCACAAAUGCGUGGUGCCGCAACUGGACGCCCUGGCACUCAACGAAUCGCUCACCCGGGAUGUUCGGAAACUGCUCGUCAGUGACGACGAGUGCGAGGUGUUGCCGGUGCGUCGUUUCAACUCGACGCUCUUCGCGGACGACUUUAACGCGACGUCGUGGAACGCGUCGUGGUAUGUGAAUGAAAGUGCGACCAGGCAGCCUUGCGAACUGUUUCGUUACGACGACCUGCACUACGAAGAGACCGUGCCGACGAAGUGGGAUUUGGUUUGUUCUCACGGUCACCUCCCAAGCCUGGUGUACUCCAUAGCCACGGCAGGCAGCGUCAUUGGCACUGUCAUCAUUGGUGCAGUGGCCGACAAGUACGGCCGCAAACCAACCUUCUUCGCAAUCGUGGCGCUAGCGGCGUUCUCAGGCUUUGGCGCCGUACUGUCUACCAACUUCACCAUGUUCGUCGCCAUGCGCUUCGUCAACGCCUUGCUGGACCCACAGAUCGACCAGGUGCCCUACAUCAUCAUGUUGGAACUGGUGGGUGCCAAACAGCGCACCCUGAUGCUGGGCGUGGCGUGCAUGGGCUGGACGCUGGGCAUGUGUCUGCUGCCGCUAGUGGCGUACCUGAGCCGCACGUGGGUGCUGCUGGCAACAGUGUGCGCCUCGUGCGCGGUGCCUCUCUUCUGCUACAUCAGGGUCAUCCCCGAAUCUCCGCGGUGGCUCUUGUCGCAGGACCGGCUCUCUGAGGCAUCGGCUGUUCUUCGCCGCAUCGCCUUCCGAAACGGUGUCGAGCCCCCGAUCGACCUCGACCUGAAGCUCAAGAAAGUUCGGCAAAGCAUAAAUGUCGAAGAGGAAGCGGAGAAAUCGGGUUCCAUUAUAGACUUGGUCACCAAGCCCAAGAUACGAAAAAACUUGCUGAUACUGACGCUGAUAUGGUCAGCAAACGGCUGCGCAUACAGCGGCCUGCACAUCAACGUGACUCACUUGAGCGGCAACGAAUUCCUCAACUUUCUCUACCUCGCCCUGGUGGAGUUUCCUGCAAACGCAAUUGGCUGGUGGAGUAUGGACCGGUUCGGCAGGCGUUGGACAAACGUCUUCUUCGUGCUUCUCACGGCUACCGCCUGCUGGGCACCUGUCGUCGCACCAACGUCCGGCACGGUGGGAAUCGUAUCCUCCGUGGUGGCCAAGUUCUCUACCACGGCGGCGUACAUGAUGAUGUACCAGCAGUCGGCCGAGCUCUUCCCCACACCACUACGUUCCUUUUCGGUCGGAGUACUCACGGCUCUGGCCGCGGUAUUCACUGCGUCGGUACCAUACGUCGUCUACCUUGGUAGGUAUGGCUCAUGGAUUCCAUUUCUUUUCCUGGCUGUGCUGACGACAACCGGUGGAAUUGCGGCGGCCUGGCUACCUGAGACGAAGGAUUACCCUCUCUGCCAGACGGUUGAAGACGCCGAGAAAUUUGGUCACGACCAAAAAUUCUUCUCGUUCAACAGGCAAGCAGCAACGCCUAAAUCGCAAGCAAAAUCAUUAUGCUGCAUCGAAAAUGUCCUCGACUUGGGUCAGGAGGCCAACGCCACCAUGUCAAAAUCGGACAAGAUCAGGCACAUUACGAAAGUCACCGAUGAUGAGGCCUUGAGCAUGCUGCUCACCUAA